CCCCUUAGAGGACAUAUAGACACGGACGCACACGGGAGUCCUCGUUAUCCACCGCUCAGGAGUUCAUCCAGCUCGAGUCUUUUUACGCAAUAAUAAACAACAAUAACAAACUCCACCAUGAAGGUCUCCAGCAUUGACUGCCGGCGUCUGAGGAAGAUCAUCAGGAAGGAGUGUGGGAGCUGCCUUAUUGUGGAUUGCAGACCUUAUCUUUCAUUCACCAACUCCAACAUCACAGGAUCCGUUAAUGUGAACCUCAACUCCGUGGUGGUCCGGAGGUCCAGAGGAGGACCUGUGCCUCUGCAGUUUGUCAUCCCGGAUGAGAGCUCUCUUCUCCGGCUUCGAGAGGGCAGCAUCUCGGCCAUCAUAGCUCUGGAUGACCGGACGGCCCACUGGCAGAAACUCAAGAAGGACAGUGUAGCACAAAUAGUAAUAAACACCCUUUCACAUCUGGCCAGCGGGGCCAACAUCUGCUUCCUGAAAGGAGGAUACGAGAACUUCCACUCUCAAUACCCUGAACUUUGCACAGAGGUGAAAACCAUCGACCAGAGCGGAACUGAAACCGAGAAAAGAGUCACAAACAGCCACAGCGAGAAGCUUUCUCACCGCAAACCAGAUUACGAUCAGGGUAAACCCGUAGAGAUCCUGCCUUUCCUCUACCUCGGUAGUGCCUAUCACGCCUCCAGACAGGACUAUCUCAGCGACCUUCACAUCACAGCCUUGCUCAAUGUGUCGCGCAGGGACCAGCAACCGGCCAAGGGCCACUACGACUACAAGUGGAUCCCGGUGGAGGACAGCCACAUGGCCGACAUCAGCUCCCAUUUCCAGGAGGCCAUAGACUUUAUUGAUCAUGUGAAGCAAUCAGGUGGAAAGGUCCUGGUCCACUGCGAGGCAGGCAUCUCCCGCUCACCUACCAUCUGCAUGGCCUACAUCAUGAGGACGCAGCGGCUGCGGCUUGACGCGGCCUUCGACGUCAUCAAGCAGCGCCGCGCAGUCAUCUCACCCAACUUCAGUUUCAUGGGUCAGCUGCUGCAGUUUGAGUCAGAGGUCCUCUCCACGGCCCCGGCUGACGCUGCCACACCUGAGCCCGCCACACCCUGCGCCCCGGAGUCUGCCUCCUUUUUUGCCAAUGAUUUCAACACCACCUUCAACACCAAAAACUUUGAGCCAUCUGUGUUCACCCUCCCUACCUCUUGCCUGCAGUCCCCGGUCCACCACCAGUUCAAACUGAGCCCAAUAACUGCACUGCCUUAAAAUGAACUGUGACUGCUUGUAGUCUUACUUGAAAAGAAUAAAAAAGAAAUGCUCUCUGUGUGCCUGGUGUUGAAACCAGCAGAGCAGAUAGACAGGAACAAAAGAUAAUAGUAUUCAGUUCAUGGGACUUGAGGCCUAUAUGAAAACUAUGGGCUACAGACAUGGAUGCUGUUUUCUGUCUUCUGCACUGAUGUGAUGAAAUAACACAGCACAGUGAUAAACUGCAAUAUACAUGCCUUAGGUUGAUAUUGUGAUUAAUGCCUAUUCACAAAUACAGUCAGGCAUUUAAACCUAAUUUAUUUGAAAAUUACAGUCUGUCUGAAUUUUUUUCAAUAAUGUGGAUGUUAAUAUGUGUUUAAUAAAUGUUUUCACCACAGAAAUCA